CAGUGGUUUGUGGUUUGGUGUGGAAGAACUAAACGACGUCGGAUUAGCUUCUUCCAUCAUGCAGAUCGGACAUGCAAAGGAUGACGGAGAUCAUCCUUACGCCUUUAUGGCGGAUUGAAACUUCACUGUCUUAACGACCGAGGAAAACAUUGAGAGAACAAGGAAACAAGGGGAAUGUGAACACAGACGAGGUCCUAGAAGGACUUGUUGGACCUUGGAAGUGAUUGCUGAUAUCUGCAUUGUAGUAUAACCUACCAGUUUAUAAGAAACCAGACAGAGCUGGUUCUCUAGCUUUCUGGUGUGGCAAAUAUUGUGUUCUCUAUGGAGGAGUUCACUUUUGGUGGAAUCCAAGAUAAUCUCUGUCUUGCCCAUAUGGGUUCUGAGAGCUUCCAAGGACAGACCACGCAAAAGCAAAUUAGUUAUUAUGGAUCGGAGGACUGGGGAAGGACUGGAGGCAUUGUUUCCUUUUCUUCUGAUUAUGGAUUGUAUCAGGGCGAUUCAAUGGAUGAAGAGAUCCUUUUCUCCAAAUAUCAACAACAAAAACAUCAAGAACAGUCAUUUUCAGAUUAUGGUCUUCUGGUUGAGGCAGAUAGAAAGCUUUUGACUGAAGAUGUGUUGAGGAUUGCUGGAGAUUUGUUUAUCCAGUCUUCUCACCUAAAUUUGGAUGGCUGCUUUGUGCUUAACCAUCCAUUUGAUCUUUCUUCUGCUGGCCUUUCUGAUGAGGAGUAUCAUAAAAUAUCUUCCAACACUGGAAAUCCAGUCAAACGAGUGGUCUACUAUUUCUAUGAAGUUCUUCAAGAGAAAAUUGAACUAGAGACUGGAAGAAUCACAUCAAAGAGUUCGACAAAAGAGCAGGCAUUUGAUAUUUAUGAGGCACUACUGGGCCAAAACCCCAUGAUGGUGGCCUGCCAUGAAGAAACACCAUUUUCACAGGUCACACAAUUUGCCAGGAUCCAAGCUAUUGUUGAAAAUGUGGCUGAGGCAAAAAAGAUUGUUAUGGUCUUAGACAUGCUAGAUCUCGAAGAGGAUCUUUUUGAGUUGGAUGUUGAGGAAAAGGUUGCUCUCUAUGCUCAUUACAUACUUAAAAGCAUGAUCUCCACACCAAACUGGCUUGAUCAUUCAAUGAGAGUUUUCAGAAACAUCAAUUCAUGUGUAAUCGUAAUGAUUGAAACUGAGGCAAAUCACAACUCACCAAUAUUUGUGAACAAUUUCAUUGAAGCUCUCUUCUUCUAUGGUGCAUAUUUUGAUUGCCUUGAAGAUUUCAUGAGGCAUGAUGAUCAACAUAGGAUGAAUACUGAAUCAAUUUUCUUUAGAGAGGGAACCAAGAACAUGAUUGCAGAGGAAGAGGAAGAUUAGACAUGUGAAAAUUGAUAUGUGGAGGGCAUUUUUUGCUCGUUACGAACUGGUGGAGGUAGAAUUAAGCAUGUCAUCCUUAUACCAAGUAGAACUUGUGUGUAAGAAUUUUCCUUCCUGUACUUUUGACUUUUGAUAUGAAUGGGAAAAGCUAAUUGUGGGGUGGAAAUGUACAUUGAUUCAUUCUCUUUGAGUUUGGAAGUUUCUUUGAGUUGUGGAUUUGAUGGAUAUAAAUACCACCCCGUGUU